AUAAUGCAAUCUUUCAAAGAUGUUGUCGAAUAACGUUUUAAUCGGAAUCUUAGUGUUUCUGUAUGUUUUUUAUUAUUUUAUUGUAAAGAGACUUAAUUAUUGGAAAAACAGGAAUGUGCCAUAUCCGAAGCCACUAGUACUUUUGGGAAAUUACAAGGAUCAUAUCUUCCUACGAAAGAAUUUAAUUUUUGUUACUGAUGAGAUAUGCAAACAGUUUCCUAAUGAGUCCUACAUUGGUACUCUUUACGGUACCGAACCAACGCUUAUAGUCAAGGAUCCUAAUUUACUCAAAUUAAUAAUGACAAAGGAUUUCUACUACUUCAAUGGGAGAGAAGUCACUCAGUACAACACCAGAGAAGAACUUACAAACAACAUGUUCUUCCACAGUGGUGAUAAAUGGAAAGUCGUGAGACAAAAUCUAACACCACUUUUUACUUCAAUGAAAAUGAAGAAAAUGUUCCAUUUGGUUAAAGAUAUUGGUGAUUCAUUUGAAAAAAUACUAGAAGAUGAACUUAAAUCGUCUUCGGACGUGGAAAUUAAAUCUUUCUUAGUAAAAUACACACUGGAAUGCAUUCUCUCGUGUGGCUUCGGUAUAUCUGGCAAAUUGUUAGAGAAGGGCAAUAAAAAAGACGACAACGUUUUCUUCAUGAUCGGAAGUUCUAUAUUCGAUUCAUCACCGAGCAGGGGAAUGAAACAGGUUUUUAGAUCUAUAUGGCCGAAACUUUUUUACGGCAUAGGAUUGAAUGUAUUUGACCCAAAAAUUUUUGCAAUGUUCAAAAAUUUGAUAGCCGAAGUUUUCCAGAGCCGGCUCAGCGAGCAAUCCAAUCGUAAUGAUUUUGUAGACCUCAUAUUGUCCUGGAAGAAAGAACAUUACAUUUACGGCGACAGCCUGAAUCCAAACAGCGAAAAAUACAAGAAAAUAAGUAUCGAAGUCACCAACGAAUUGUUAAUACCACAAUGCGUUCUGUUCUUUGCAGCCGGUUUCGAGACAACUUCGACGACAUUGAGUUUCUUGAUGUACGAACUCUCUAAGCACAGAGAUGUCCAAGACAGGUUGAUAGAAGAGGUCGAUAAUUAUUAUAAAAAACACAACGGUGUCGUUGAAUAUGAAUGUAUCGGGGAAAUGCCUUAUCUUGAUGCGUGUAUCGAUGAGGUGCUGAGGCUGUACCCGGUCUUGGGAGUAGUGGCUCGUGAGGUUAUGGAAGAUUACACUUUGCCCACAGGACUGAAGUUAGAGAAGGGCAAUCGUAUUCACAUUCCACUGUACCACAUCCACCGUGAUCCGAAGUUCUUCCCAAAUCCAGAAGAAUUCCGGCCAGAUAGAUUCUUCGGAGAGGAGAGGAAAAAUAUCGUCCCCUAUUCAUUUAUGCCGUUCGGUGAAGGACCUAGGAUAUGCAUAGGUCAAAGGUUUGCUAAGAUGGUGAUGUACAACCUCAUCCUUAAAAUAUUCAAGAAAUAUAGAAUCGAAUCAAGUUCGUUGACCCCUAAAUCAUUGGAAUUUAACAACAUAUCCCUCGUCACGCAAUGCAACACCAGUAUUUAUGUAAAAUUAGUGGAACGUUAAAAAAAAUACCGAAUAACUCUAUGCUUAUUAUUGAAAUCGAAGGAAAUUAAAAUAUUAUUUGAUUUAAAUGGUAUUAGAAAUCAUUUUUAUUUUUUUAUUUUUUUUUGCGAGCAGUAAAGACUUCCGUUAUCAACUAUGUUUGCAGCGCCGGAAGUCUGCUAAGAACUUCUACGCCUUAUCGAGCGCUACCCUUGAACUUGCCGUACGUAAUGUUGUUAGGAAACAAUUUAUGCGCAUUGAAUAUAUAAAUCUUUUAAUGUUUAAACUUGAUGCAUUUAUUUUUAUUUUUAGCAUUAUAUUCUGCCGCUGCGAAUGUCAUUUGUAAAAUAUUUGAGAUUAAGACAUCUGUGUAAGAAUAAUAUAUAUGUAAAUUUUAUAUAAAUAUAUCGAGAUAAAUCACGA